CGAUACAAGUGCACGGACAAGGGGACUUCCGAGGGAGCAAAGAUGGCGCUGCCCAUGUUAAGAGGUUGUUACAGAGUGCCAUCAACAUUUAGCUUCACUCGCUUGUUUUUAAGUGAAGGUGUUAUCCUGAACAGAUGCGCUAAAACGCGGCUACCGUCUUCACCACAUGCCGCUUUGACAGCAGCGGUCCGCCCGUACAGUUCCGACCCGGGCGGGCAGAAGCAGCACCAGAAUAUGAUGGUGCUCGGCGUCCCGAACCUUUUCAUUUUGUUCCGCACCAAAAUAUACUUCUUCCUGAUCAGAGCUUACUUUGACAAGGAGUUCAGCAUACAGGAGUUCACGGAGGGAGCGAAGCAGGCCUUCUGUCAUGUUUCCAGGCUGCUGUCAAGGUGUCAGUUUGAAGCUUUGGAAGGACUCGUGGCUGAAGACCUGAUUGCAAAGCUGCAGGAAAAGUGCAGCCUGCUGCCGUCGAGCCACAAGAAAGCGCUCUCUGCAGACUUUGAUGAUAUCAUGUACACAACAACGGGAGAUGUGGGAAUCUACUACGACGAUAACGGGAGAAAGUUUGUCAGUAUCCUGAUGCGUUUCUGGUAUCUGACGAGCGCUCGUAUUCCUGAAGAUGGCUUAAAGGGAACCCGCGUCUUCCAGGUGUCCUUCGGUUCGGAGCAAAAUCCAGAAACUAAGACACUGCUAACUGCAAACUAUGAAUUCCAAAGGGAGUUUACUCAGGGAGUAGCUCCAGACUGGACCAUUACGAGGAUAGAGUACUCCAGGCUUUUGGAUUAAGCUGCUGUUGUUCCUGUGGAAACUAGUCAAGACUCAAAAUUCUCCCCAGUAUUUUCUUUGAUUAAAAUGAAGAAAACUGUCUCAAGAUGAUCCACAGAGGGGAAACCAAGAUGCAUCUCCUCACUGGGAAAGGAAAACCACCAAAAAAACACCAAGGCACACCUGGAUUCAUCUACCUGUCACUGUAGAAUAGACAGCUCAACACACAUUCUCAUAGUUACUGUCCAGAUCUGUCUGCAGUUUGUCUUUGUUUGUUAUCACUUUGGUCAUCAUUGCUGAUAUUCCCCCAUAAAUCAGUGGUCAGAUUUGACGAGGUUUGUGAACUCCUCCUCUUGCAGUUUUGUACAUUCAGGAUCGGGGCCGGAAUAAUUAAAAGAUUUCAAUUCAUUCAUAGCCUUAUUCUGAUGUUGUAACAUCAUAUGGCUUCCCAUGUAUAAUUUUAUUUGGCACCUGUUCUGUCAACUUCUCCCAUCUAUGUAUUCAUUAGUGUCUGAUACUGACAGUGUGGUAUGACAAUGCUGGAAUUCAAUGUGACAGACUUGUUUCCUGACAAAAAAAAGUUUUUUUGUUUUUCAGACUAAAUCUGUUGCAGGUAUCUGACAGGAAAGUACAUGCUGUAUAUGAUCCGUUUGUGUGAACAUGUGUUUGCAAAGGCUGAGGGAGCUCGAUGCAGCUGCAGCAGACUUAUGAUUGUUUUAUUAAAGAACUGAAAAAUCGA